UGAGAGUUUGUGUGUGUACUCGGCUUCCUGCUGCUGCUCCGUGUCCGCAAACCGUCCGUCUAGUCAGUGUUGAUCGGCUCGCCAUGGCGGAAGGACGUAGAGAACAGCCGCCGCAUCCUCUCUUCUCCUUACCACCGGCAAGCAAGCGACCCUGCCUGCGCCCUGCUCCCCGAGGUCCCGGCCCGGGGCCCGGCCAUGGCAGUGGGUUGCCCAGCUCCAGGUAUCGUUCCCCGGAGUCCCUUCUGGACUGCGCCGCGAAGGCAGUAGCGGAAAAGUGGGCCUUCGAAAGAGUAGAGGAGCGUUUCGAGCGGAUCCCGGAGCCCGUCCAGCGCCGCAUCGUUUACUGGUCUUUUCCUCGCAACGAAAAGGAAAUAUGCAUGUACUCUUCGUUUCAGUGCCGAGUCGCCGGCGAGGAGGGUCCGUCGGCGGCAACUGGCGGGACUGGGGGUUCUGGGUCCGGAGCUACCACCGCCGGUGGCGGCGGGGGAUCUACUGGUACGACGGCUACCGUGGGGGCAGCCGGACCAGUGGGAACGGGAGACGGACUGCCUUUUCGCCGGGGUAUCAAGCUGCUAGAUACCGGCUGUGUGGAAAACGUUUUACAAGUUGGGUUUCAUCUCAGUGGCACAGUAACUGAGCCCGCCACAUCAUCAGAGCCGGAGGUCACCCACAAAGUUGCCAUCAGUUUUGACCGAUGCAAGAUCACCUCCGUCACCUGUGGUUGCGGGAACAGAGACAUUUUCUAUUGCGCCCACGUGGUGGCGCUGUCUCUUUACCGCAUUCGCAAGCCUGAACAGGUGAAGCUGCGGUUGCCCAUCUCAGAGACGUUGUUCCAGAUGAACAGAGAUCAGCUGCAGAAGCUGGUCCAGUACCUGAUCACAGCCCACCACACUGAGGUGCUACCCACUGCUCAGAAACUGGCCGACGAGAUCCUCUCCUCCAACUCUGAGAUCAACCAGGUCCACGGUGCUCCGGACCCGACUGCAGGUGCCAGCAUCGACGAUGACAACUGCUGGCAUCUGGACGAGGAUCAAGUCAGGGAGCAAGUGAAACAGUUCCUGUCACAGGGAGGAUACUAUGGUUCUGGCAAGCAACUUAACUCCAUGUUCGCCAAGGUGAGGGAGAUGCUAAGAAUGCGAGACUCCAACGGUGCCCGGAUGCUGACGCUCAUUACGGAACAGUUUAUGGCAGAUCCACGGCUGUCGCUAUGGAGACAGCAGGGCACGGGCAUGACAGACAAGUGUCGGCAGCUCUGGGAUGAGCUAGGUGCAUUGUGGGUGUGCGUGGUGCUAAAUCCCCACUGUAAGAGCGAGGAGAAGAGCGGCUGGCUGAAGCAGCUAAAGAAAUGGGGCGACAUGGACGUCUGCCCGCUGGAGGACGGCAACUACGGCAGCGAGCUCCCAAACAUCACCAACGCUCUGCCACAGAGCAACCUGGCACAGGACUCUCUGUCCAGGCCGAGGAGGUCGGUGUUUAGCAGGGCUGUCGAGGCCUGCGACCUCCACUGGCAGGACAGCCACCUCCAGAGGAUCAUCAGCAGCGACUACUACAUGUCUCCAUCCUACCAGAGAGAGGGGGAGAGCCUGCUGUUCAACCCACAGGGCCUGCCGCUUUGGCUAGACCACGUCCCAACUGCAUGCGCCCGCGUCGACGCUCUGCGUUCCCACGGUUAUUCCAGGGAAGCAUUGCGAUUGGCUGUCGCCAUCAUCAACACGCUCCGCCUCCAACAGCAGAGACAGAUGGACAUCUACAAGCACCAAAAGAAAGAGCUUCGCCAGAGGGGCGUGACUUCUACCACCAACCUGGAAGGCUGGGUGGGCCAUCCCUUAGACCCGAUUGGCUGUCUGUUCACCACGCUAACCGAAACCUGCCGCGUGGACGACGACAACACCAUGGAUACCGGAGAAGGUGACCCCCGGCCUCCGGUCUACCACCACGUACCAGUGUGGGGCAGUCCUGAUGGAGGGGAGUCCUACCUGACUUUGGCCUUAGAGGUGGCUCUGAUGGGAAUGGGCCAGCAGAGGAUAAUGCCCGAGGGCCUAUAUGCUCAGGAUAAGGUGUGUCGCAAUGAGGAGCAGAUUGUUGCAAAACUUCAAGAACUGGAGCUGGAUGACCUCCUGGUUCAGACUCUUCGGAAACAGGCCAUACAGCUGCUAGAAGCUGGGCCGUUCAGCGGUCUAGGUGAGGUCAUCCACAGGGAGAGUGUUCCCAUGCACACCUUCGCCAAGUACCUCUUCUCUGCCCUGCUGCCACAUGACGCAGAUCUGGCAUAUAAGCUGGCUCUCCGCGCCAUGAGGCUGCCGGUGCUGGAGUCCUCAGCAGGCUCUGGGGACGUGGGCCACCCUCAUCACGGCAUCUCCAUAGUCCCAAGUAGAUACCCGCGCUGGUUCACACUGGGACACCUGGAGUCCCAGCAGUGUGAGCUGGCCUCCACCAUGCUCACUGCUGCUAAAGGUGACAUGUUGAGGUUGCGGACGGUACUGGAGGCCAUCCAGAAAAACAUCCACUCCUCUUCCUUAAUCUUCAAGCUGGCCCAGGACGCCUUUAAGAUAGCCACACCCGCGGACAACCCGCCUGAUAUCACUCUGCUCAACGUGGCACUGGAGCUAGGGCUGCAGGUGAUGAGAAUGACUCUGUCGACACUGAACUGGAGAAGGAGAGAGAUGGUGCGAUGGCUGGUAACCUGUGCCACAGAAGUCGGUCUGCGGGCGUUGGUGAGCAUCUUACAGAGCUGGUACACCCUCUUCACACCGACCGAGGCCACCAGCAUUGUGGCGGCCACCGUCAUGUCCCAUAACACCAUCCUGCGCCUUAGCCUCGACUACCCCCAGCGCGAGGAGCUGGCCAGCUGUGCCAGGACCCUGGCCCUUCAGUGCGCCAUGAAGGAUCCCCAGAACUGCGCUCUGUCGGCUCUGACGCUCUGCGAGAAGGACCACAUCGCCUUCGAGACAGCCUACCAGAUUGUCAUCGACGCAGCAUCCACGGGUAUGACAUACUCCCAGCUGUUCACCAUCGCGAGGUACAUGGAACACAGAGGAUACCCGCUGCGGUCCUUCAAGUUGGCCUCCCUCGCCAUGACCCACCUUAACCUGGCUUACAACCAGGACACACACCCAGCUAUUAAUGACGUGCUGUGGGCCUGCGCGCUCAGCCACUCCCUGGGUAAAAAUGAGCUUGCAGCCAUUAUCCCGCUGGUGGUGAAGAGUGUGCACUGCGCCACGGUGCUGUCUGACAUCCUGCGGCGGUGCACCAUGACAGCGCCGGGUCUUGCCGGCAUUCCCGGGAGAAGGAACUCUGGGAAGCUAAUGUCAACAGACAAAGCGCCGUUGCGGCAGCUCCUAGACGCCACGAUCUCGGCGUACAUCAACACCACGCACUCUCGACUGACGCACAUCAGUCCGCGCCACUACGGGGAGUUCAUAGAGUUCCUGAGCAAAGCACGGGAGACUUUCCUGCUGGCACAGGACGGCCACAUUCAGUUUGCCCAGUUCAUAGACAACCUGAAACAGAUCUACAAGGGCAAGAAGAAACUGAUGAUGUUGGUCAGGGAGAGAUUCGGCUGACCUUAGCCCUUCCUCACAGGGACCCUCUUCUUGGGAAGUAGUUACACUUAUUUGUUUCUAUUUAAGGUUUUUUGGAUUCCUUGUAUUUUAACUUCCUAUGUUGAGCCAUUUGUUGACUAAGUCUUAAGUUUUGUCCUGUUUUGUUGUUUUGUUUCUUGAAUGUGAACCAGGCAGUGUUCGCAGUACAUUGCUCUACUUCAUUGAGAUGGCAAAAGAGGAAAACGGCUUGAAAUGUUAAAGAACAACAACAACAAAACAAAGCAAUUUUUUCUUCCUCCAACUAAUGUCAAAUCUAGUAUGAAAAAGACAAAGAUUGUGAAUUUUUUUUUUUUUUUCUUCAGUGGCACAUGACGAUUUUGAAAACCAAAAGAUUUUGUUGGAGGGGGGAACUUUGAGCCGGGAGACGCUUUCAGCCGGGCUUUAAAAGAAGAAGAGGAAGUGGUUUUCAAAGUGGAAGGAAAAUGUUGUUUCCAAAAGAGA